UAUCUUGAUGAUGGAUCAGAUUGUGAUUUGACAGUUUAACACACAGCAACGUGUUUUUAUUAUCGAAACUCACAAUUUUUAAAUAAUAAUGUGCUCUGAAGAUAAAAAGCCUUUGUUCAGGGAUCUCACUGCUGAAGAUCCAGAUCCUGAAGUGACUGAAAUUGAGUCUUUUUGUUUCAAUUGUCACGCGAAUGGUAAGACUCGGCUCCUUCUAACCCGAAUACCAUUUUACAAGAAUGUCGUGAUAAUGUCGUUUUCCUGCGAAGAGUGUGGAUUUGAGAACAAUGAAAUACAACCUGGUGGGGCGUACGCUGAGCUUGGAGUUCGAUGGAAACUCCGUGUAGAAGAUCCCAUAGACUUAAACAGACAAGUAGUUAAAAGCGACUAUACAACAGUACGUAUACCGGAAUUGGACUUUGAGAUACCAGCGCAGAGUCAGAAGGGAGAAGUAACAACAGUUGAAGGUAUCAUUAGCAGGGCGAUGGCAGGUCUCAGCCAGGAUCAGGAGGUGCGGAGACAGCAACAUCCAGACGCAGCGACCCAGAUCGAUGGGUUUGUUAAGCGUAUGCAGGUCUUGAAAAAUGGCGAGAAACCGUGGGUUCUGGAGUUGGAAGACAUUAGCGGCAAUUGCUUCAUAGAAAAUCCAGAGGCCCCAAAGAAGGACCCUAGGUGCGAGAGGUCUGACUUCAAACGGAGCAAGGAACAGAACAAUACUCUUGGAAUAUACAUGCCGGACGAGCCGCCGCUGUCGGGCGCGCUGUCGCCCUGCGACCCCGAGCUGAACAGCUACGAGCGGCUCCUGGCGGACGAGGUGCUGCAGUUCCGCACCAACUGCCCCGACUGCAACGCGCCCGCCGACACCAACAUGAAGAUCACCAAAAUACCACAUUUCAAGGAAGUGGUCAUCAUGGCGACUCUUUGCGAGGCGUGCGGUCACCGUACUAACGAGGUGAAGUCGGGAGGGGGCGUCGAAGAUCAGGGCGUCAGAUUCGAAGUAAGGAUUGCCAGUAGAGAAGAUUUCUCAAGAGACGUGCUCAAGUCUGAAACCUGCAGCAUGUCAAUACCGGAGCUGGAUUUGGAAGUGGGGGGUCGAGCUCUGGGCGGCAGGUUCUCCACUGCGGAGGGCCUCGUGCGCGCCACGUUGGAUCAGAUCAGAGACGCGCCCACGUUACAGGGGGACGCUCCCAAGCUUGCUAAGGAAAACUUGGAGAGGUUCACGGAGAAGUUACAGGAGGUUUUAGAGGGCAAGCGAGCCAUCACUCUUAUAUUGGACGAUCCAGCCGGGAACUCCUAUGUGCAGAAUUUAAAUGAUGAUCUUUCUACGUUCGAUGAUGGCCUAAAAGUUACUAGAUAUGAAAGAACCUAUGAGCAGAACGAUGAACUCGGCCUCAACGACAUGAAGACUGAAGGUUACGAGGCAGAAAGCUGAAAUUAACGCAUUAAACAAUAACAGGAUUGCCAUACUGUAACAUCAUAGACACUGAUGAUUGAUUUUUCUAAGCAUAGACAAAUUUUCUCCUCCUUUUAUAAUAUCA